AUGCCGUUGCACACGAAGCUUCCCAGCGACUUGACCGAGUUUGAUGUGAUCAUCGCUGGAGGUGGUCUUGCGGGCUGCGUUGUUGCUGGCCGUCUCGCAGAAGCCGAUCCGAAAACAUCUAUUCUCGUAAUCGAACAAGGCCCAAACAACUACAACGAGCCUUUGGUCGUACACCCAGCUCUCUAUCCCCGUAACCUGUUCCCAAGCAGCAAGUACACUCUGUUCUGGCAUGGCAAGCAGUCCAAGGAGCUCGCUGGUCGAAGUCCGAUUGUCCCAAGCGGAGGCACGCUAGGAGGCGGAAGUGCUAUCAACUGGAUGGUGUACACUCGAGGCCAGAGGAGCGACUUCGACAGCUGGAAGUCAGAGGGUUGGAGCGCGGACGACUUGGUGCCAUUCCUUAACAAGCUCGAAACCUACCACGGCUACGGCGAGCAGAAGCACCAUGGCGGCACCGGCCCGACACUCAUCAGCAAGGGCACACACCGCGCUCGUGAAGCGGAAGAUGACUUCAUCAAAGCUUGCGGGAAGUUGGGCUACCCCGAGUUCAACGACCUUCAGAACCUUGACGACAACAACGGCUUCGAGCGAUACCAGAAGUACAUCGGUCCGAACGGACGACGGUCAGAUGCGGCUCACAGAUACCUCCACCCCAAGCUUCAAAGCGGCGACUACCCAAAUCUCCAUGUGCUAUGCGAGAAAGAGGUGAUCAAAGUCAACGUGGAGAAUGGCAAGGCUGUCGGUGUGGAGUAUCAGACGAACCCCAGAUACAUGGCAAAUCCAGAGUUCCUCAAUGCCGGAUAUGCCUCUCCUCGCAACGUACGGGCUCGCAAGCAGGUCGUCGUCUCGUGCGGCGCAUGCGCGACUCCUCUCAUCCUCGAACGAUCCGGUAUUGGUAACGCCGAUAUCCUGAAGAAGGCGGGAGUCGAUGUGGUGCAAGAUCUGCCCGGCGUCGGACACGACUACCAAGACCACCAUCUCAGCUUGUGGUCGUAUCGAACGAGCCUGGCGCCAAGAGAUUGCAUCAAUGGCUUCUCUGACGGCAGGUUUGACAUCAACAAGGCGAUUGCUGAGAAUGACGAGCUUCUCGGGACCAAUGCUAUGGAUGCUCAGGGGAAGGUGCGACCCACCGAAGCCGAAGUCGAAGCUCUGGGGCCAGAGUUCAAGGCCGCUUGGGACAAAGACUUCAAGCCCUAUGCUGAUCGCCCAUUGAUGAUCAUGGCACUCUACAACUGCUACUACGGCGACCACAGCACCCUACCUGAUGGCGCCGAAUACGUCUCGCUCGCAAACUGGACCGCCUACCCCUACUCUCGUGGCCAUAUCCACAUAACUGGCCCGAAGAUGACCGACCCCAUCGACUUCGACACCGGCUGGCUCCAGGACGCCAACUCGGUUGAUGUGAAGAAGCAUAUCUGGGCGUACAAGCUCGCUCGCGAGAUCUUCCGUCGACUGCCGUUCUUCCGUGGAGAACUUGUUGGCAACCACCCAGAUUUCGCCAAAGACUCUCCCGCGGCGGUUGUUCAAUAUGCAGACGGACCCAUCGCAAAGGGAGACGAUGACCGGAUUCAGUACUCCAAGGCGGAUGACGAGGCUCUCGAGCAGAAGAUCCGGGAGACCGUCUCCACGACAUGGCAUUCUCUUGGCACUUGCAAGAUGGCAUCUCGGGAUCAGAAGGGCGUGGUGGACCCCAGCUUGAACGUGCAUGGCAUCAAGGGCCUGAAGCUUGCAGAUCUGAGUGUUCCACCAGAGAACGUCGGAGCAAACACCGGCAACACAGCGUUCCUAGUCGGCGAGAAGGCGGCGGAUAUCAUCAUCAAGGAGCUUGGACUCGACAAGGGCAAAUCGCAGUCUUCUGCGCAGGCGAGACUGUAG